CCGAGCCCAGCCUCCUCCACCCGCCCCCCUGCACGCUGCGCCCGGGCCCUCCCUCCCCGCCACCGCCGUCCACUCGGCCGGCCGCGGGGAAGGAAGAAAGGCGCCCAGGAGGCCGAGGGAGGCAUGGAUCCGCAGCCCCCGCCACCCGCCCAGGGCAGCCCGCCUCACCGCGGCCGGGGGGGCCGGGGCCGGGGCCGCGGUGGCCGUGGCCGUGGCCGUGGCCGAGGCCGGGGGGCCCGGGGGGCCGCCGGCGCCCCCCGCGCGCCCCUGCCCUGCCCCACGUGCGGCCGCCUCUUCCGCUUCCCCUACUACCUCUCCCGCCACUGGCUGAGCCACUCGGGGCUGCGGCCGCACGCCUGCCCGCUGUGCCCCAAGGCCUUCCGCCGGCCCGCGCACCUCGCCCGCCACCUGCGCGGCCACGGCCCGCAGCCGCCGCUGCGCUGCGCCGCCUGCCCCCGCACCUUCCCAGAGCCCGCGCAGCUGCGGCGCCACCUGGCCCAGGAGCACGCCGGCGGCGAGGCGGGGCUGGACCCGCAGGACCCCGCCGACGGCGACGGCGACGCGGCCGCCACUGAGCCGCCCGGCCCCGCCGGCCCCGGGGGCGCCCCGGAGGAGCAGGAGCAGGAGCAGCAGGAGGAGGAAGAGGAGGAGCAGGAGGAGGCCGCGUGGCCGGACACGUGGGCCGCAGGGGAGCCGGAUGCGCCCCCCGCACCCCCCGCGCGCGCCGAUGCCCGUGCGUCUGGGGCGGCGGAGGCGGAGGCCGCGGAGGCCGGGGCGGCGGCCGAGCUGCGGGCCGAGCUGGCGCGGGCGGCCGGGCGGCAGGAGGAGAAGCAGGUGCUGCUGCAGGCGGACUGGACGCUGCUGUGCCUGCGCUGCCGCGAGGCCUUCGCCACGAAGGGCGAGCUGAAGGCGCACCCGUGCCUGCGCCCCGAGGGCGAGCAGGAGGGCGAGGGCGCGGGGGGGCCGCCGCCGCGCCCCAAGCGCCACCAGUGCCCUGUCUGCCUCAAGGCCUUCGCCAGGCCCUGGUCGCUGUCCCGCCACCGCCUGGUGCACUCCACCGACCGCCCCUUCGUGUGCCCGGACUGCGGCCUGGCCUUCCGCCUGGCCUCCUACCUCCGCCAGCACCGCCGCGUGCACGGCGCGCUCAGCCUGCUCGCCCCGCUGCCCCCGCGCAGGGACGACCGGGCGGCGGGCGCACGGACCUCGGGGAAGGGGCCCGACGGCGGCGGCGAGGCCCAGGCCGGCCCCGAGGGGGCGGGAGAAGGCGGCGGCGGGCAGAACGGGGGCGACGCGGCCCCGGGGACCCGGCCUCCCGCCGCCGCCGCCGGGGAGCCCCGCUUCUGGUGCCCCGAGUGCGGCAAGGGCUUCCGGCGCCGCGCGCACCUGCGGCAGCACGGGGUCACCCACUCCGGGGCGCGCCCCUUCCAGUGCGUGCGCUGCCAGCGCGAGUUCAAGCGCCUGGCCGACCUGGCGCGCCACGCGCAGGUGCACGCGGGCGGCCCGGCCCCGCACCCCUGCCCGCACUGCCCGCGCCGCUUCUCGCGCGCCUACAGCCUCCUGCGCCACCAGCGCUGCCACCGCGCAGAGCUCGAGCGUGCGGCCGCGCUGCAGGCGCUGCAGGCGCAGGCCCCGCCGUCCCCGCCCGCGCCCUCGGGGCCCGGCGGCGGGGAGGGGCUGCCCCUGCCCCUCGCCUGCAUCAAGGAGGAGCCGCCCUCCCCGGGGAGCCCGCCCCGGUCCCCGCCGGCGCCCCCCGUCUUCCUCAGCGCCUCCUGCUUCGAUAGCCAGGACCACUCGGCCUUCGAGGAGAUGGAGGAGGACGAGACGGACAGCAAGGCGCUCCUGCGCGGGGGCUUGGGCGGCCUGGCCUCCUGACCCUCGCCCCUCCGGCUGCCUCCCCCUUUCCCCUCCCCCGCCCCCCGGUUUGCAAUAGGGAGGAGAGAAGUGGAAGGAAGGGGGUCCCUCCUCCACGUGCCCGCCGCCCCUUCCAGCCCUGACACUAAGGAGGGGCCGCGCGCCCCUCCCUCGCCCUCCCCCGCCGCCCCUAGGCCCCUCGGGAACUGCUCGCCCCCUCAGCUCACGUGGGAGGCGGAGCCCCUUGGAAAAGGAGGGGCAGGACCUGGGCCAGAAGGAUGGAGACUGGGGGACCCCCUCACCCACCCGCCGCCCCGUUUGUACACACUGGACACAGCCAGGCCUCGGGGGUCCCCAGUGAGCUAAGGUCCACCCUGUCCCUCUGUCUGUGAAUAAAUGUGAGUUCGUGAA